AUGGUUCACACACGUCCAACCAAUGCAUUGAAGAGGCCUGCUCAGGUGGUUCUAGAUGCCAAACAGAAGAGGCGCACUACAGCUCAACUCAAAGAGGAUAAGGCGCACGCAGAGAAGGAACAAGAUGAACAAGAUGAGAAGACAAGACAAGCCAUUACUCAAGUGGCUGCUGCUCAGCAGAAAGCUGCCAUCCAGCAGAAGAACGCAGCUGUUGCAGAUGAUGAUGAUGAUGAUGAUGAUGAUGAUGAUGAUGAUGAUGAUGAUGAUGAUGAUGAUGAUGAUGAUGAUGAUGAUGAUGAUGAUGAUGAUGAUGAUGAUGAUGAUGAUGAUGAUGAUGAUGACUUUCAAGUUCUUGAACGGAGAAAGCGUAUCCAGAGGACUGAUCACCACGAUGCUGUUAAUGCAGCCAUCCCAUCCACGUGCAUCAGAUGCCGCUGGGAAUGGAAACAAGCUGAUGUGGGUGCUUUUUUCUUAACUGCUCAUAUCAUGCUUUUACUGACUGAAACGAUGUUAUUCUAUUGGAAUCUGCUCCAUGAAUUUACUAGCGACAUCAAAAAAAUAGCUGCAGUUUCAGAAAGUGCCUCUUCUCUUUCUCAUCCGACAGGAUCUGCACUCUCUCGAGUCACUCAUGCAACAACCAAUGCAACCACUACUGCUACAGCUCCUCCUGCAACACCUGAGGGCUCUGUGUUUAACGAUGAUGUUGAAGCUGAAGAGCACACACCAGAUGAAGCUGAUGGACCUGAGCGCUUGGUGGCAUAUACCCUUGCAAACAUGGGUAAAACAAUGCACAAUCAAAAAUCAAUGGACAUGAUUGAAGUCCAAGAUAUUCCCCAACCUCUAACUCCACCAGACAUCGCUGUGGACUUGGAGGGCCAGGAAGAUGCUAUCGUGUUUGUAGAUGAUGAUGAUGAUUCUGGUGUUGAACACCACGAUGCUAGCACUGCCAUGAGGAACAUGGGUGGGAAUAAGCGAGUCACAGCAUCAGCCAGCGUGGAAAUUGUGGAUAAUGCUCCUCCGUCCAAGCAUAUCAAACGAGAGGCAGAAAGUGAGGUGGCAGUUGGAGAGCCCUCGAAGGCAAAAUACAAGAACAGUGACCUUCCUCCUGGUUGCUUGGAUGGAAAUUUAUGGCGCGGUGUAGAAACAACAAUACUGUGA